AACUUAGCCAACGUGCUGAGAUACAGCGCCGGCUACGGCCUUGGCAGCUUCCAUGCGCGUCUCCGCGCCGAGCACGCGGAGGACGUCUCCAAAACAUCAAUUUGGAAGAUCUCCAGUUCACAGGAAGCCGAGUUCAUCAACCAGGCCUUCGGGCGGCAAGCUGCACAAGACGGUGGCAGCCUGAUGCUGCUGUAUUGGGGCAAGCAUCCCCAAAAGCAUGGCAAGGGAGACCACUCUUCAAAGCCCAAGUGGAUCGGUCUCCUGGCCUUGCUGCCCAAGAAACUAAACGCAGCGAUCUUCGAUCGUCGCCUGGCACACCAGGCCACACAUGGUCGCCUCAUCCGUUUGGGCCACACCGCGAGGACAUGGCUCCAAAAGCAGACGCAGGUGGGGUCUGCCGAUGAAGGGGGCCUGUUGCCUUUGGCCUUCCACAUCCACGGGACUGUGGCGGACGACGAGCAGAUUCGUCACGAGUUCCUACGAUCCCGCUUCGGCUUGGUGGUGACGGCAGUCAUC